AUGAGUUCCACCGUUGAGAGCCACUUCUUCGGGCCGAGCGGGUUCCGUAAACCUCGGCCAGCCUCGGUGUCCUCCAUCGGCUUCCACUCCCAGCGCCGCCGCCUCACCUACAGCAGCCAACCGUCCUCCGGGGACAGUGUGGACACCUUCAACGUGGACAUGUCCUGCAGGAGCGAAAAGGAGAUCCUGCAGGUGCUCAACGACCGCUUCGCCGGCUAUAUCGACAAGGUGCGCAGCCUGGAGAUGCACAACCGCAACCUGGAGGAGGAAGCGGCAGCCCUGCGGCAGUGCCAGAGCGGUCGCACCUCGGUGGGGGAGAACUACGAGCGGAAGCUGAACGACCUUCGGGGGCUCAUGCGACAGCUGAGCAGGGAGAAAGGUCGCACGGCCGUGGAGUAUCACCGCCUGGAGGAGGACAUCCAGCAGGUCCGGGCCCGUUUAGAAGAGGAGGCGCGCAGCCGGGAGGACCUGGACGCGGCCGCGCGGGCUAUGAAGAAGUACGUGGACGAGUGCCAGCUGGCCCGAAUGGAGCUGGACAGGAAACUCUGCGCCCUGGACGACGAAGCCGCGUUCCUCAAGAAGAACCACGAAGAAGAAAUGGCCGAGUUCCUCGCUCAGAUUCACGGCGCGGAGGUGACUUUUGACCUGCGUGACUCACCCAAAGUGGACGUGACUGGAGCCUUACGGGAGAUCCGUGCACAGCUCGACCGCCACGCGACCAACAAUGCCACACAAGCCGAGGACUGGUACAAAGUGCGCUUGGAGCGUUUGACAGAUGCGGCCAGGUCCAACCAAGAUGCCAUCCGGGGGACCCAAGAGGAGAUCGUGGAAUACCGUCGUCAGCUGCAGAGUCGCACCAUCGAGCUGGAGACUCUCAGAGGAACCAAGGAGUCCUUGGAGAGGCAGCGUGCGGAGAGCGAGGACAGACACCAGGACGACCUUGACUCACUUCAGGACACCAUCAGUCAUCUGGACUCUGAGCUGAAAAAUACAAAAUGGGAAAUGGCCAGCCAGCUAAAGGACUAUCAGGACCUUCUGAAUGUGAAGAUGGCCCUAGAUAUUGAAAUAGCGGCUUACAGGAAGCUGCUGGAGGGAGAAGAGAGUCGUCUUGCGCCAGGAAGUCCCUACUCCUAUUUCGAUAGUAGAAUUUCAGCGCAUCUAAAAGUCAAAGAAGAUAAAGUGAUUGUUCAAGAGCAGACAGAUGAGACCCAGGUCACAGAGGUGACAGAGGAGGCGGAAGAGGGGGAAGAAGGUGAAGAGAAUCAAGAAGAGGAAUGCAAAACGGAGGACGGACACAAAGGAGAGGAAAAGGAGAAGGAGAAAAAAGAAGAAGCGGGUGAGCAAGAAGAGAUUCCCAAAUCGCCAGAGGAAGUCGCAAAUUCUCACCAGCCUAAAUCUCGCCCAAAAUCACCCGAGUCCAAAUCACCACCCGCCAAAUCCCCCGCAAAGUCACCCAAAUCCAAAUCUCCUCCAAACGAAUCCCCACGGUGUAAAUCUCCCCCUCCUAAGACACCUGAACCCCCGGAGAAGGAGAAGGUCAAGCCCGCACCUGCUUCCAAAGAUGAUACGAAAGGGGAGAAAAAAGACAAGCCUGAGUCUGGCAAAGAUGAAAAGAGUGAUCCAUCCGUUCAAGAGGAAAAGGUCAAACAACCAGUAAAGGAAAAGGAGAACAAGGAGAAAGAAGCAGAGAACAAAAAGGAGAAGGAUGACAAACCUGAUGUAAAAAAAGACGGUCAAACAACUGAGGUGCCAAAGAAGGAAGAAACUCCAAAACCUGCAAAGGCUGCAGAGAACAAAGCUCCGGCCUCCAAACCAAAAGAGGAGGCUCCUCCCCCGGUUGAGGAGAAGCCCUCGGCUCCUAAACUGGCAAAGACAGAGCCGGCUAAGAAGCAGGAAGAGAAACCUACCCCUAAAGUUGAAUCUGAGAAACCAGAAGAGAAAAAGGAGACCAGUCAAGGAGCUGCCGACGAAGAGAAGACGAAAAAAGUGGCAAAAUCUCCUGGCACUGAGUCCAAAGACAGUACGGAGAAGGCCAAUAAUUGAAGAAGAGUGGACUAAAAAUAAACUUUAUAGGUGAGAUCAGGAAGGACGCUCAAGCAUGACUAAGCAAUCUUUAUUUUUAUUGACCUACUUACUGUAUACGCACAAUUCAUGCUAUUAUUUAUGUCUGUUGGUAACGCGGUUUAUCAAGCUCCUUUAGUGAAUGUGACAGCUGCCUUUCAAUAUUAAGUGCAUUUAUACUGUACCUGCACUAGCCCUCAAGGAGAGAUGCCAAGCUGAACAUAAUGGUCCCAAAUAAUAGAUUGAAAUAUACCGCAUAUAACUAUCUAGAUUAUAUUUGCUAUGUUAGAAAGAUUAGUCAGACAGACUUGACUUGGCUUGUGCACUUUAAUGGUUCUCUUCACAGGUGAGACGUCGCUCUCCUCUGGCCUGACAGUGAUAUGUAUGAACCUGUUAAAUAUGCAACACAAAACAAAAAUAAAGAAUAACAAACAA